AUGUCGUCAUCUCUCUCAUUUCUUGCCACCAUUGCCUCUCCCUUCCACCACGACCAUUCCCGUUACCCUCGAAAAGCUACUCCGGCAUCCACUCACUUUUCUCCAUUAGCCUCUGGCAAUGCUAGUGCAUAUGAUAAUGGCGGUGAUAAAGAAUCCAUUCUGAGGUUGGACAGAAGAAAUGUUCUCAUUAGCACAUUGGGAGGUCUGUAUGGUGCUGCCACCCUCGGCCAUGAGAAUACGGCCGUCGCUUCUCCAGUGCAACCACCUGACAUAUCCAAGUGCCACACCGCCCACGCUGGACAAGGCGCGGAGAAUGUCCAGUGCUGCCCGCCUUACACGGAUCCCAGCAAGAUCGUCGAUUUCAAGUUCCCGCCCCCUUCCAUGCCGCUGCGCACUCGGAAACCCGCACACUUGUUGGAUGCUGAUGACCUGGCCAAGUACAAGGAAGCCUAUAGCCGCAUGAAAGCACUCGACCCAUCCGAUCCUUGGAGCUUCGAGCAGCAGGCCAAGGUGCACUGCCAGUACUGCAAUGGUGCGUACGAUCAGGUGGGGUUCAAUGUCCCAGUACAAGUCCACUUCAGCUGGAUAUUCCUACCGUGGCACCGCUUCUACCUUCACUUCCAUGAGAGGAUCCUCGGGAAGCUGAUUGGUGACGAGACAUUCGCCCUCCCGUUCUGGAACUGGGACUCGCCGGACGGAAUGACGAUGCCGAGCAUUUUUGUCAAUGACAAGACGUCGUCGCUCUACAACAAGAGGCGUGACCCGGAUAACCUACCACCGACAGUGCUGGACUACCAAUACAGCCUCAAAAGCUCAGGGAACCCGUAUACCGACGAGGAGCUGAAGAUGAAGAACCUGUAUGAGAUGAACAAGACAUUUAAGGAGUCUCUGCCGCUGCCAGAGCUGUUCUUGGGAGAUCCGGUCAAGGCCGGCGAGGAGCCCUCGGCAGGAAAGACAAUGGGGCGGUUAGAAUCAAUACAUAACGCAAUGCACCAGUUUGUGGGGACACCCGAGGCACCUUUCCGGGACAUGGGCAACUUCUACUCGGCGGGUUACGACCCGCUUUUCUACAGCCACCAUUCGAACGUGGACCGGAUGUGGCACAUCUACAGGCAGAUGCGAGGAAACAAGGUCGACUUGAACGAUAAAGACUGGCUCAACGCAUCCUUCCUCUUCUACGACGACAACAGACAGUUGGUGAGAGUCAAGGUGGAAGACAGUCUCAAUCCGCAGAAACUCCGGUACACGUACGAAGACGUGGAACUUCCAUGGGCCGAUCGCAACAUUAAAAAAAAGGUGGUGAAGCCCCCGUCUGGUGCCAAACCUAGAUCCAGAAUCGCGUUGGUUCAGGUAUCCGAGUUCGGACCCGACCCGAGACCCCUGGAUUCGACCAUCCGGGCCCUGGUGCAGAGGCCCAAGAAGUCCCGAACCAAGAGCGAGAAAGACGAUGAGGUGGAGGUCCUCUUCAUCGACGGCAUAGAGAUCCCCCACAAUGGACCCGUCGCGUUUGAGGUGUAUGUGGCAGCGCCUUACGGAGGGGAUUUUGUGGGACCUGACCUAGGAGAAUCCGCAGGGAGCUUUCUGAAACUGCCCCACUUUCACAUUCGUAGCAGCGAAGAUGCGCAGACAAAGAAAUUCAGCCUUAAGUUGGGAAUAUCGAACCUGUUGGAAGAUAUUGAUGCUGAAGGUUCGGAGAAGGUGGUGGUGAGCUUGGUCCCGAAAGUUGGGGAAGUCGCCAUUGGUGGGAUCCACAUCGAUCUUAUCAAGACCGAUUGGACAGCUUAGAUAAGAGUACUUGCGACCGUAGUGGGAAUGGAGCCCACCAUCUGACUCCCACUUCCCUUUGAUUAUUGUCAUUAUUAUAAUAUUAGGCUUAUGUUAGUAAUAAGGUGUUUGAUUUAAAGGUUCCAAGACUCAGUGACUCGGACUGACUUGUUCGCGUCUAGGUCUAAUUGCGACUUGGCAAACGGUCAGGCGCAGUUGCCCUUUAUUUUCAAUCAUGACCCAUGGCCACAAACAGGAUUUGAACUUGUUCGAGUUCCAAGCUGAUUCGGAUGAGUCCACAAUCCAUCGUUGAUAUUACUCUGCUUUUCCUAGGGUCUUUCGUGUAGGUGUGUAUAUGUAAGUGUUUUAAGGAACACAGGGAUGCCCUGCCCAAGGUAAGAUAUGUAAGUUGUUAUGCCUAUCUAAUUUUACGAAUAAUAAAUACUGGAUGA